AUGGCUGAUUUUGGUCACUAUUUUGUGCUACUUCUCAUUUGGCUAGUGUCAAUCUUCUUAUUACGAUUGAUCUUAACCAAGUCUCGCAUUAAAUCACGUCUUCCACCAAGUCCUCGUGCUCUUCCGGUCCUCGGCCACCUCUACCUCCUCACCAAGCUCCCUCACCAAGCAUUUCACAAUAUCUCAACACGUUAUGGCCCUUUGGUUUAUCUCUUGUUUGGUUCCAAACCAUGUGUUCUUGUUUCCUCGCCAGAGAUAGCAAGACAAUGCCUCAAAACCCAUGAAACUUGUUUCUUAAACCGACCAAAAAGAACCAACGUAGACUACAUCACAUAUGGUUCUUCAGAUUUUGUAUUGGCACCCUAUGGACCUUAUUGGAGGUUCAUGAAAAAGCUUUGCAUGACUGAACUUCUUGGAGGUCGCAUACUUCACCAGCACCUUCCUAUUAGGAGUGAAGAAACAAAGCUUUUCUUGAAGAGUAUGAUGAAAAAAGCUGAAUUGAGAGAAGAGGUGAAUGUAGGGAAGGAGUUAUCAAUGCUUGCAAAUAACAUAAUCACAAGGAUGGCUUUGAGAAGAAGGUGUUCUGAUGUUGAAGGAGAAGGGAACAAGUUGAUUGAGUUGGUCAAAGAGAUGACUGAACUUGGUGGGAAGUUCAACUUGGGAGAUAUGUUGUGGUUUGUUAAGAAGUUGGAUUUGCAAGGGUUUGGUAAAAGGCUUGAGAGUGUUAGAAGUAGGUAUGAUGCUAUAAUGGAGAGGAUCAUGAAGGAACAUGAAGAUGCAAAGAGAAAAAAGAAGAAGGAAGAGGAAAUUGGUAGUAAUGGAGAUGAAGCAGUGAGGGAUUUACUUGAUAUUUUACUUGAUAUCUAUUCUGAUGAAAAUUCUGAGAUUAGAUUAACAAGAGAAAAUAUCAAGGCAUUCAUUAUGAACAUGUUUGGUGCUGGAACUGAAACAUCAGCUUAUACAAUAGAAUGGGCUUUGGCUGAGUUAAUAAACCAUCCAGAAAUGAUGGGAAAAGCAAGGCAAGAGAUUGAUUCAGUAGUUGAUAAGAGAAGAUUGGUGGAGGAAUCAGAUAUUCCAAACCUUCCCUAUGUUCAAUCAAUAAUUAAGGAAACAAUGAGGCUUCACCCCACUGGACCCUUAAUAGUGAGGCAAUCAACUGAAGAUUGUAAUGUUAAUGGGUACUACAUUCCAGCAAGGACUACUGUGUUUGUAAAUGUUUGGGCUAUUGGUAGGGACCCAAACUAUUGGAAAAACCCACUUGUGUUCCAACCAGAGAGGUUCAUUGAUAAAGAGGGGUUGAGCCCUUUGGAUCUGAAGGGCCAGAAUUUUGAACUUUUGUCAUUUGGGGCUGGAAGAAGAAGUUGCCCUGGUGCUUCACUAGCUUUGCAAAUUAUUCCCACAACUUUGGCUAGUAUGAUUCAGUGUUUUGAAUGGAAGGUUGGUGAAGGGAAUGGAAUAGUUGACUUGGAGGAGGGACCUGGAAUGGCCCUUCCAAGGGCACAUCCCCUUCUAUGCAUCCCUGUGGCUAGGCUCCUUCCUUUUGCAUCACUAUGAUUUGAGUUGAUUUAGGUUGAAAAUGCAUCCUCACAUGUGAGAUGGUCAACUGAAACGAUCUCAACCGUUUUAAAUAAAUUAAUGGUUAUUAUUUUCUCACCAUCUAUCCAUCAGAUUGUUUCACACGACCUCUCGUGUCUCACAUGGGAGGAUCUAUUAUUGUUUUAGGUCAUCUAUGCAUCAAAACACUGUAAAAAGAAAAAUCCCCCUUCUCUCCUUCUUGUGUGUAAAAUUAGCAUGAAAUGUUGAU